AUGUUCAAAGUCAAGACUCUAGAGCGGAGAAAUUUGAAACAGCUGUCGCUGGGCGGUGGCUGUUUGGGUGGGAGCGCACACGCGGGCAGCGAGGAGCUCCGACAUGAGUGCAACGGCAACAAGCUGAUAGUGGAGGACAUGGCGCUGGCCGUGGGGUCCGACGAGCACAUAGAGCCGCACAGCGGGAGCGGCAGUGCGAGCGCAAGCAGCAUGUCGGGACUGUCGAUACAUGACCACGCGGGCGACGCGGCCAAGCCGGCGACUCUGGCGGUCGACGGCCACUCAGGUUGCAAUUACGACCUGCGCGACCUGGUGCAACUCGGGAAGCUCGGGUCCGGUAACUCAGGAACAGUGAUGAAGGUGCUGCACGUACCGAGCUCGCGGGUUAUCGCCAAGAAGACCAUAGUUAUAGAACAGAACAACGCAAUUGUGAAACAGCAGAUAUACCGGGAACUGACGAUCAUGCGCAGCGUCGCCGAGCAUCGGAACAUCGUGGAAUUCUACGGCGCUCAUAACUUGAGCUCCGACAGCAUCAACGGCAGCAACGACGUGGUCAUCCUGAUGGAAUAUAUGAACUGCGGCUCUCUGGACACAAUUACAAGGACUUAUAAAUCGCUGCAGAGAAGAGGCAUACUUGCUGCCAAUAGGAGCUACCCAGUGCAGGAAUGGUUCUCCAAACCUGUCAUAAUCUCCAGAAUAGCAUACUCGGUCCUGAAUGGGUUGAGCUAUCUAUAUGAAAACUAUAAAAUAAUCCAUAGGGACAUCAAACCUUCAAAUGUAUUGAUAAACAGUAAAGGUCGGAUCAAACUUUGCGACUUUGGUGUAUCUCGUAAGCUGAACAACUCAAUCGCCGACACUUUUGUUGGGACAUCGACUUACAUGUCACCAGAACGUAUCCAGGGCAAUAAAUACACAACCAAGGGAGAUGUGUGGUCACUAGGGCUAAUGCUGAUUGAACUACUAACGGGAGAGUUCCCAUUGGGCGGACAUAACGAUACUCCAGACGGUAUUCUCGAUCUAUUACAAAGAAUUGUUAACGAACCAGCUCCUAAACUACCAUCUUCGGUUAUCAAAGUAUUACCACCAGAUAUGGUAAAUUUUAUCGAUUUAUGCUGUGUGAAAGUGGAAAAGGAUAGAGGCUCCUUACAAGAACUACUGAAACACCCUUUUAUCGUGAGGUUCCGCACUAAAGAAUCGACUGAUGCUUUCAAACUGUGGACCAAGGAUAUCAGGCGCUGGAUGCAAGAAGAAAGAAACUAUAAAAAGGAAACGAGUGAACAUUCAAUGUUGCUGAAAAAACAACAUAACACUAACGAUACCCGCCAUUCAAGACACAUGACGUCAAGUUUGAAAUGA